AGGGAGAGGCGUUGCCUAAUCGCCAAUGGGCGGGCGCUGGUGAAGCGGAGCAGCCAAUGAGUGCAAGAUGUUGAGUGACAGCUGUCCAAUAGGGACGCUCAGUGCUAGUAUGGUUUGCGCCUUAAGCGCCGCCGGGGCCUGAGGAAUGUCAACUAUUCAACAUGGAGGAGGAGGUCGAUAAGCUGGAAUUGAUGUUCCAGAAAGCUGAUUCUGAUCUGGAUUACAUUCAAUACAGGCUGGAAUAUGAAAUCAAGACUAAUCAUCCUGAUUCAGCAGGCGAGAAAAAUCCAGUUACACUCUUACAGGAAUUGUCAGCAAUAAAGUCCCGAUAUCAAACUUUGCAGGCACGCUUUAAGCCAAUUGCUGAUGAGCAGAAAGAGAUUAAGAGCCGCAUUUGUGCUACUUUCAAUAAGACUAUGACCAUGAUACAAGAACUACAAAAGCAAACAGACCUGGAGCUGUCACCACUGACUGAAGAAGAGAAAACUGCAGUACAGCAAUUAAAAUCUCACAUGUCAGAUUUAUGAAGAAAUGGACUUGCAAAAGGGAACUCUGGUGGAGAAGAGAUCAAUUCCAGAGAGAUUUAGGAAGAUGUCUUGUUAGCAUAUGGUAACUAGAGGUGGGGUAUGGUGAAAGAGAAAAUUUGGCCUGGGUGACUGGAUAGUGAUGCCUUUCACAAGAGGGAAAUAUAAGGACAGAUAUGAAUAAAUUUCAGUCAAAAGGAUGGAAUGGGAAAAGGAUUUAAAUAUAUGCACACUUAGUUUUGCAAUUUCAGGCAAGAAAGUCUCAACACUAUUUUGCAUCUGUUUUUGUAUAAUCAGGAUAACAAAGAUGUUCUAUCAUAAAAGAAUGAUUAUAGGGCGAGCUCAAAGGCUUCUUUGAGGCCGAGGGUGGGUGCGACUCGCCCGCAGCGGUUACGGGAGCCAGUAAGCCUGUCGCAUUUGGCCGUGCAGAGCAGGUGCCCGGUGCUGGCCCGCGCACCGCCGCCCAUCGCGCCGUCGCUGCUGGAGCAGGUGGUGCGGGAGGCGCAGGAGCUCCAGCGGGAGCUGCAGCGCCAGAGGCUUAGCGUCUAUGGCACCGCCGAGGUCAAGGAGCCUGCGCCGAGCCUAAUGGCGAUCAGGGGCAAUGGAAAGCUGGCGGUGAUCUGGCCUCCCCGCAGAAAGGCUUCUGAGAACGGCCUGGAGCAGGAGGAGCGGAAGCCUUGAGGUUAGAGCAGGCUGGGAUCCCCGGCCAAAAGUAACAUGCCCGUCAGAGGACCCGGACAAGAGGAGCCCGAGCGUGCUCUCGGGAUAAGCAGACGUCCCGAAGAGGGACCCGCGGUCUGCACUAGGGAAGAUGAAGCCUACCAGCCCAUCCUUGAACUUCAUUUUGUGAAAUUGAUUCGUUUCUGCUACAAAACUGUUAUUUUCCAUUGGCAAAUACCACUACAACAACCUAACCAAUGAAACGGUCCAGCCCUUCUCCACCUAACCGAAAACCGAGCGAGCCUCUCCCUCCGGCCUUGCAUGGAGUCACCAUCUCGGCUUCCCCAUCCCCCAAUAAAGUCCCUUCUUACUGGGCAAAAAAAAAAAAAAAGAAUGAUUAUGUACUGUCAGUCAAAUGUGAAUGAAUGUGCAUUGGAAAUUAAAGAUGGAAAAAAUAUUUGUAUUAUAUAUUAUAUAUGUAUAUAAUUUUCUAUUUUUGAAAAUUUUAAUUGAAGAUGUGGUCACAUUAUCAGUGAGAUUGCUAAGUGACCUAUAGUGUCCCAUAAAACCUAACCUUUGUAAUAAGCUGGUUUCUCUGUGACAGCCUCUUUUAUUUUUGUCCUAUUCCUUUUGCUUGCUAAUGUUGAGCAACAUGAGUUCUGCUUUCAAA